CACCUUGGCUAUGGGAAAGCCCUACCAUCCGGGACGGGUAUUAGGUGCUAAGGGGAGCUUGCUAGGAUGGGAGAAGGUAAUGGGUCCCAAAUAUACCAAAUCUGGAAGAUCCCGAGCAAGUGUGAACUCGCCACAGAACUUCGAUGCCACAGUGGCAUCAAUUAAAGAACAAGUGCGCAAUGAGAUGCGCGAAGAGUUCAAUGCAUGGGUGAAGCAAAUGAAUUUGCCGACCUUGCCCUUUUCCUCGACAACACCGGCCGACUCAAGUAGCCACCCACGAAGAGAAGGAGAACAGGAGAUAAAUGCACGCGAGGAGAUUGGUACUCCUUCACAUGCGAACUCAAGGGGGCUUGAUACUCCGACACCUCAUCACUUUCCUAUUCUACAGGUGAUUUUUUACUUACUUGUUUGGAUAAUGAUAUUGGUUUUUGGAUUGUGUUAUGAAAUGGUGUUUCUUCGCUGUGUUGUGUUGUUGGUGUUGCUUUGUUGAUGUGAUCUAUUGUUGUUGUUUUCUCUUCCUUCUCCUUCUCCUUCUCCUCCUCCUCCUCCUUCUCUUUCUUCU